AUGGUGUUGAAGUUUUCGAAUCUGGCCAAAUCCAAAACGCACAUCGAUGACGUCUAUGGAUUGGUGAGCCAGCUCACCGAUCCGGGCCCGGACCCCCAGGAUCCGGGAUUGGUGAGCCAGCUCACCGAUCCGGGCCCGGACCCAGGGAUUGGUGAGCCAGCCGGGCCCCGGAUCCUGGACAAGAUUCAUGCACUGGAGCACUGCUACUCCCCAGCCGUUUCGGCACAGCUCGGCGGUGCGUGGAGAAGCAUGACGCAGGCUGCUUCUUCCACCAAGUCGUCCUCUCCGGGCGAGGCAGCCCAGAGCCGUGGUCUUCUUGAAGGGGUGGCUCCUCACGAGGUGAUCCAGAAAGGGAUCGACCUCUUCGAUCCAAGCCUCACGGUGGAGGCCUUGUGGGGCUCUACUCCGCCCUCUGGUGGCGCUCUUCUUGAAGCGGUUUUGGCGUUCUACUCCGACGGCUGCCACGACGUUCCGUGGUACUACAACGAGACUUCCGACGGCGGCCCCUCCAAGAAAGCUCGCAGCAUCGUCAGGUCGCCCUUGUCGCGCGAACUUCAGGAAGCAACGGUUCAAUCCUACGCAGACAGAGUCAUCCGCGAAAGUAUUUCGCAAGUGGCCGCAGGAGAGCCCAUCUUCAAGUUUCGCACGAUGGAUCGGGUCCUUCCGUGCGAGGCCGGAACGUACAACCACCGGGCCGAAGCCGUGUACAGGGCCUCCGAGAUUGCGCCGACGCACCCCAACGUGGCUCCGGUGCUUGAGAGGGGCCUCAAAGCCGUAAAAUUCGUGCACCCCCGAAUUCCGGACAAAGUGUGGCAUCGCUUCAUAGUGACCCACAACAGCUUUCACACUGGCUCUGGCGAGAACUUCCUUGACUACUUGCAAGAAUCCAUCACGAUGGAGGCCGAUUGGGAAUUGGAGACAGCGAGGACAGGUUUGCAUAGCGCAAACCCAAGGUACAAAGCCGUCUACAGAGACUUCGUGCUCAGCAGAAGCUUGUACUUUCGCGAUUGGGAUGCAUUCCGGAAGGCGCUCUCGCUCGCGCAUAUGUUGCGUAACAGAUUCAAGGUCUGGGAGGCCUUUCGGACGUUCUGCAACAGCCAUGUCGAUUUCCUUGGCUCAGAGAUGGAUCCUGCAGCAGUCAUCGCCUCGAAGCAUCAACUGGCCUUGCUGGUCAUCGGAAAUAUGGCCAAGUAUUACAGUGUCCAGCAGACGGCCGUCAUGCUGUUGCACUCUUUGAAGCACUGCGUCCCCAAGGCCACCGGCAAGAACAGCAGCGAGCGCCUUGCUGGCUGGACGUUCAAGCACUGGGAGCAGGACUCAGCCCGCAUGAACCUCUUCAACUUACCAAUGACUGACUCUGCCGUGGUGAAGAAGCUGACCGUGCAGAGUGCUGAGCAGGAAGGGGCCAAAACUGGCAAGCGUGCUCAGGUCUGUGGUGACGUUCGCAGUGAGCUGGCCGGGCUGGGGGUCCGUGACAAGAAAGCCCGCGUCGAGGCUGCGACGACUGUGACGAGUGACAUGCCUGCUCCAACGGCCCCGACAGAUGCUCCGCAACAAGGUGCAGCUCCAAGUGUCCUGGGCGGCGCAGAUGGCUCCGACAGCAUUAAGCCCACAGAGCUCAAGCUGAAAAAAUCCGACAAGAAGUCAGCCUUCGUCCCCUUCUCCAUGGAGGAAAAGAAGAUGUUUCGCAAGUUCAUUGUGCCCACCUGUCCCACCGAAGACGACCCCGCGACUCGGGCGCUCACCGCGCUCGACGACUUCAUGCAGGCCAUGAAGUACGCAGAGCACGUUGUCAAGGAAUUGCAUGGAGAUGAUGUGCCAAAGGACAGCUUGGACAACACUUUCUCAUUCUGUGCAGGUCUGUUUUUGCAAUUCGUCUUCGAUGGCCGAGUUUGUCUAAGUGGAAAGGACCUCCGCGUGUGGACGGGGGCCAGGGCGGAGCUCCAAGCCACAUAUGUGGCCGCAUUAGACUUCAUGAGGAUGCGAGAUAAUGCGACUGAGUCUUCGGCAGCUGGCCCAUCCGGUGCGGACCGCAAGGUCGGGGCGCUUGAUCUAGCCAAGAUGCUCUGCGAUUCGUAUGUGAAUAUCCCGGUGCAAACUCUGGUGCUCGACGCCGAUGAAUCGCAAAGUCUUCGGCGUGUCGCAACAAUCAUGAGUACGCAGUUCACUGACGUGGUGCAGCCGCUGCGAGAGUUCUUGGCAAAGUAUAUCAAGCUACCGGUCCUCAUGCAUGACACUGUGCGAGACACACUGUCGGGGUUGAUGAACCGGUCAGUGAAGAGGAUGGAUUUGGUCGAUUUGAUUUGCUUCAUUCAGGGCUAUGUCGAAGCCGUCUUGCCAUUUCAGUGGACGCUGUUUGCCACAGACGUGGCUGAGCUAUUCGCAGCACGCGGCCACUUCGUGGAACGCACGGACGAGGUCUUUGACCAGGCGUCCUUGGCAACCUUCCUCAGCUUCCGCCUGCAGUACCUGGCGCGCAUCAUUAGCUCAGCCUGCACAUGUGUGCCAGAGUUGGUGCUGACCAACGUUGGAGACAAAACGUGGCAGAUGCUGUCUGUUUGGGGCGAGAAGGUCCAUGAGUCUCUGGACAUCCUCGUGCCGUUUGAUUCGAUGCUUUCCGCAGCAGACUGGGCCCCCCGAUGGGCCGAAGUGUUGCAGCAAUCGGAGACGGCAGCAGAGAUCAACAGGGAAGUCGCGUCCAAGGUGGCGGUUUCACAGCAUCCAGAGGCAUCAACCGGGGCCGCAGCUUUUGUCCAGAUUCGCAAGCAGCCGGAAGUGCAGCCAUCCAACCAGGGUGGCAACAACAAGGGCGACGCGAGGCUUGCUGAGAACCCCGGCAAGUCCGAAGAAUCAGGACGGCAGAGCUCUGACUCUGUGGGUAGCGUGAGCGUGACUGCCAUGAACGACUACGUCAGCGAGGCAUUCAAGGAGUCGUCGACAGCUUCAGCCGAGUGCAAGGCCCUCGGCCUCAGCAGGGUCUGCGCCAAGGUGCUGAAGAAGUUGGAAUGCAAGCUUAAUGCUGCGAUUUGGGAUGUUUACGAGUCGUGCUCUUCCGAGAUGUCGGGUGUCCACGUCAACAUCAAGACUGCAGCCGCUAAGGGUGGCAAAGAUGCGGUUCAAGUGAACCUACCAAUUCCUGAAGGAAUGCGCCUGCCGUCUGUCCAUCGGCUCUCAGCCACCAAAGGGCCCAAGGCCAUUUGGUGUUGCAAGAUCUUUGGUGUUGACUUCUUCAUGGAAGCUUGCAAAGACUGCCUCACCACAGAUGUUUGUGUCCCAGCCUGGUCGUCGCGGCCUGUUUCGCGCAACGACCAGGCCUUCUUCGAAGCCGUUGCCGUCAAGCAGAACGUCAUCAUGUUCAUGACGGGCCCCGGGGACUUGGACUUUGACGUGAAAUUGUUGCCUGCUUCGGCUUCGGAUUCUCAGUCUGGGCCCGCAGACAAGAUCAAGGAAGAGGUGGGCAGCAGGCAUGUUGUGGUGCCGCUGACCAUACAGUGCCUGGCGCCCGUGCCCGACUUGCAGGACAAGCUGGACAAAGAUCUGAAGGAUCAGCGUGACAGUGUGGAAAAGCAGAUUCGCAACUGGAUCACGACUGCCACGAAAGCCAAGGCUAAGGCAGUUAAGAGCAAGCGAAAGCAUGCCGCUGCGAACGAUGACUCAUCCAACCAGAAGACUGACAAGACUACCGUUGCCAUGUUCGAGACGCUUGGAUUGGACAUGCCGGCUGACAAGGAUGAGCAGAUUGCUUGCUUGAACGAGCUGAAGGAGCAGGAGGUGAGGUUUGAGAGCCUCGUCCAGAAGGCCAGGGAUGCCAUUCAGAUGCCCAGCGCCAUCCCGCUGACGCGACUACAGGGUGACGAUGAUAAAUCGCGCAAUGUGCGUGCCAAGCUCAUGCAAGAGGCGCUGGAACAGGCGCAGAAGGAAGAGCAGGGCGGAGGCGUUGCGCAAGAGGAGUGGGAAGCCUCUCGAUUCGGUGCUGUGGCGGCAGUCAAAGCGGCGCAGCAGGGUGCGGGUGUUGUCGGCAAGGAUGCGAAGGACAAGAAGAAGAAGAAUUCCGUUGCGAAGGAUGUGCUUCAGAUGGGGAAGCAUAUGCUGAAGUAG